UCUGGUCGAGGAGACCGUGCUGCGAGUUCGGCAGAGCGAAGUGAGCAAAUCAGUGAGCGGAGAGGCAUCGCCCUAGAUAACGGUAGAGUUGUGUACAGUGUCGUCGUGGUGUCUUUUCUCUUGUUAUACACACACAAAACACACACGCGAGGUCUUACACACAGUCAGACAGACAUACCGACAAAAAUACACAUACGUGAAAGGAGAGAAUACUAUAAAAGAAUACGGGCAAGAACGAAGAGAUAGAGACAGGAAGGAGCAGUUUGUGGAUUAGGUUUCUUGCUUAAAAAAACCGUUCUCACACUCUCAAUAAAUACACUCACAUGGACACGAAUAGAUAUAUAUAUUGACAUAUAUAUAUUUAACUGAACUGGAAAUACACAUUCGUGUAACGUCGUGAGAUUAACGACAAGUAUCGAAGAGAGGAAAGAGUGAGAGAGUCGAUAGGAGGCGUUGUGUUAGUGGAUACAACACUUUCGACAACGAGCAACACAGGACACAAAAUUGAGACUCCCCGGGCGAGCAAUCAGCUCGCUUUUUCCUUCACGAAAUUUUAUACAAAAUUCUAGUUAAAAACUUACAAUUGUUAAAACCAUAGUUUUUUUAAAUAAUAGUGCGGUUCAACGAGAAAAAAAAGAAGUUGAAAAAGCACCAGUGUGACACACGCAGUCCGGUGCCUCAGUAUCCCUCAACCCCUCCCUCACCUCUUUGCUUUCUCUCUCUGGCUCGUGCAGUUGCACCAGCGGUUUCUAACAUAACGUGCGUUUCGUUACACGGUGAGAACACGCCAGCGUGCGCGGUGCUACUCAGUGCGACUUUUUGUUACGAUAGUUCAAUUUAAUAAAUUAUUAAUAAAUAACGAAAAAUUAUAAAAACGAAGGUGUAAGUGGAGGAAAGUACGAUUAAACUGUGUGUCUGAAACAUCGAUGAACUCAUGGCCGUGCAGUGACGAGCCGGACGCGAGGGAACCAUUACUUAGCUAAUAAAGUACGAGAGAAAGAGAGACAAAUCAUUCACUCGGUUAACCGAGCUUUCAGUUUAAACAACGAAAUAAUCAAUUUUUAAACUCGUUCGUUUUAUUAAUGUGCAUUUACAAAAAAUUUAUGAAUACUUCAUAAACGUGUAUAUAUAUAUAUAUAUUUACACGCACAUAAACGCGGACGUACUACUCCGAACAGCGUAUAAUCGCCGGGGAUCGGGCGAGGCGCGAGCGCGACAGAGAUAAACGUCGCCCUCUCUCUCUCUCUCUCAACGAGUGAAAGAAGAAAACGAGGCUCAAAGUUGUAUAUCUUUCUUUCGCGUGGGACGAGUUUGGUGCGUGUGACUACGAUCCGUAACGAAAUAAACGGGAAUUAAGGAACGAGAUACAUUAUAAAAUACGGGGUUCGAGGCACACGAAGACACACGAAUUUUUACGAAGAAAGGCCAAGUUUCAAGACUUUUUACUAAAAGUCUAGCGGGAUAGGCAAAAGAUCUAUCUCGCUGAAAGAGAAAGACGACAAGACGUGGCGGAUUCGGUGACCCAUCGGCUGUGACGACGAGCACAGAUAGAUAGAUAAAGAGAGAGAGAGAGAGAGAGUGAGAGACUGAGAGAAAUGCGUGAAUAUAAGAUAGUAGUUUUGGGAAGCGGAGGUGUCGGCAAAUCUGCCCUCACGGUACAGUUCGUACAGGGUAUUUUCGUCGAGAAAUAUGACCCAACGAUCGAGGACAGCUAUCGCAAGCAGGUCGAAGUUGACGGACAACAGUGCAUGCUGGAAAUUCUGGAUACAGCUGGCACGGAACAAUUCACAGCCAUGAGGGACCUUUACAUGAAAAAUGGCCAGGGUUUCGUUCUCGUGUACUCGAUAACGGCGCAAUCGACGUUCAACGAUCUUCAGGAUCUCAGGGAACAGAUAUUACGAGUGAAAGACACGGACGACGUGCCGAUGGUCUUAGUCGGUAACAAAUGUGACUUGGAGGAUGAAAGGGUAGUCGGCAAAGACCAGGGUGUCAAUCUUGCCCGGCAAUUCAAUUGCGCCUUUAUGGAGACCUCUGCCAAAGCUAAAAUAAAUGUUCAUGACAUUUUCUACGACCUCGUACGACAAAUCAACAAAAAAUCACCGGAGAAGAAGAUAAAGCAAAAAAAGAGAGGGAUGUGCCUGCUGUUGUAAGGUGUGAAAUACGGCGGUGGCCGUAUGAAGCCGGACAUCAUAAUAAUUCAACAACCAUGUGUGUGACGAAAAGCCUGACGUUCGAGAAAGCGAUGAAGGACGAGUUAAAAGGAUUGAAGAAAAAAACAAACAUGAGAUUAAAUAUGACAUGAAAAACAAACGGAAACAAUAAAAUAAGUUUAGCAGAAGGGAGUUUGGAGAGAAGAGAUGAGCCGAGAAAAGUGGUUAAACAAUUGGACCAGCGAUUUCAAAGCCACUAAAUAAAAUCGCGACCGAAUCAAAUUUCAUUAACACAAUAAAUUGAAUGAAAAAAAUCGAUCGAUUAAAACGAUGCGAAAUAACACAAAAUCGUUUGAAGCAAAGAGAGCGAAACUAGUGACUGAACGAGGGCUGAAAAUGUAUAACAAAUGAGUUCGAAGAGAGAUAAUAAAUAUCGCGAUUCAACAAAACUAAUGCGAAAGAAUAAAUAAUUAAAACGAUGUGAAACGAGAGGAAAACUUGCAUAUGUAGAACGACCCUGAACGACGAGGAUAUCGUCAUCUCGGGGGAAAAAGAAGAGAGAGAGAGGGGGGGGGAGAUGGAAAUGUUGUAUAUAAGUUGGUCCUGGGGUGGCUCGUGUGCACGCGCAACAAACAGCGCACAAAGAAUACGAGAUUCACCCCCGCGACGUCGGUUAUCAAUGUAGGAGUUUUUGCAUUAAAGAAGGGACGAGUAAAAAAAACAUGAAAAAAAAAACAAACAAAAUAAAAUUAAAAAAACAAA